AUUGUCUGAUUUCUUUGAUAGAAGAUCUAGAUCUAGAAUCUAGAAGUCUAUAUGAAAUAGAAAGUUGUUUUUGUAAAAAAAAUAUAUUUAUGGAUUAAGGGCAGCAAAUUGUUGACCUCUUCUCAAAUGUGUGUAGUUUAAUUAUCCUCUAGCAAGUUUGCUUGUAAAUGUGAAGGUCAUUUUUGUUUCACGUGACUACGCUCAAUGAAGACACGAUACAUCACUCAUAUGCUAUCACCCAGAACUCACACCAAUAUCUCGACUCGACUGUUGAUUCUAACAGUUUUCACCAUCCUCAUCUACUUGUUCAGCUUGGAGAAACUGAAACUCUCGGUGGAUAGGUCUGAGCCCUUCAUUCCUCAGCACAGCAAACAUUUUCUCAUGGUUGACCCCAAGUCGGGCGCCAAGUCGUCGUGUCCAUUCCCACGUUUGGAGCUGUACGACAAGGAGAUCAUGAAGUUCUACGUCCAACACAAAAGAGUGACGUGUGCUGUGGAGGAGAACUGGGUGUCGCUCCACCGGGGAGUCUUCACCAUCACCGAGGUGGCCGCCACCAAGCACAAGAACAUUCGAUGUGAUUUGUUCCCAGUUUUGAAGGAGAGUGACUUUAAGGUCGUCGAGGGAGAACCCUUGAAGGACUUCAAGAACGGUACAAGGAUAACUCACGACUUCUUCAGAGUCGCCUGCACUGCAGACGAUGGAGCCAAGUAUCAUAACUGGCAUGCUGGGAUAAGGCACGAUAAAGAUAUACUCAAGCGCAAGGCUUCACGUGAAGUAAAAGGCCUGGACGUUGACGUCAUCAUGAUUGGGCUGGAUUCAGUAUCCAGGCUGGCCUGGCAGAGACAUCUUCCCCUGACCUGGGAUUACUUUGUGAAUGUCCUAAACGGGAUAGAAAUGGAGGGCUACAACAUUCUUGGAGACGGCACCCCGGCCGCCAUCAUGCCCAUUCUUAUAGGUAAGAGAGAAGAAGAGCUCCACGAAGCUAGGAGAGGCUAUCCAGGAGCCAAAUCAGUGGAUGACUUCCCUUGGAUUUGGAAGGAAUUUAAACAGGCUGGCUACGUGACGGCCUGGGGAGAGGACGAUGCUCAUCUAGGGACAUUCCAGUACCGUCUUUUAGGUUUCAACCAUCAACCAACUGACCACUAUUAUCGUUAUUUUAGUCUAGCCAUCCAGACACACUACAGUGACUUCCAGCAGUACUGCAUGGGUUCCAGACCUCGACAUGCAGUCAUCCAAGACUAUAUGAGGGAGCUGUUCUUUCUCUACCCAAAGAAACGCAAAUUUUCUUUCACUUUCCAGUCAGAGUUAUCCCACCGAGAAAAUAAUAAAUUAUCACAGAUGGACGAUGACUUGUACGAACACUUAAAACGACUGCAUGUGGAGAAACACUUGGACAACGCCAUUCUUAUCAUGCUAGCUGACCACGGGGCAAGAUUUAGCAUAGUCAGAGCUACAGCGCAGGGGAAACAGGAGGAGAGGAUGCCUUACUUUGGGAUCAGAUUUCCAGAAUGGUUUCACAAGAAAUAUCCUCAAAUCCUACAAAACGUGAAAAAUAACAGCAAAAGACUUACCACCCCUUUCGAUGUACAUGAAACACUCCAUGAAAUUAUUAAUUUUACAGGAACAGAGAAAGCUAAUAUCAGUAACAGGGGUGUCAGCUUGUUCAAAGCAAUACCCGAAGAGAGAAAUUGCAAGUGGGCCCAAAUAGAUCCUCACUGGUGUUCAUGCAUGGAGUGGAUUGAGAUGAGACCAGAUGACCCUGUACUGAAACAUGUUGUUGAUAUGAUUCUCAGCACAUUUAAUAAUUACACUGAGCCCUACAGAUCGGAGUGUGCUGUCCUGAAAGUCAAAACUACCACGUCUGCUAGUAUGCUGAAGAUCUAUGACGCUGUACUCAAAUAUAAAGGUGCAAGUGAUGGAGGCAGAGGGCGCUUUGGUAGAAUGGAUGAUACUACACAACAUUCGAAAUUACUGUACCAGGUCAACUUAGUCACUGAACCAGGGGAUGGUUUGUUUGAAACAACUUUAACCUACCACCUGAAAGAAAACAGAAUGGAGCUGAACAAGAAAGACAUUAGUAGAAUCAACGAAUACGGGAAGACGAGUCACUGCGUGGACAGGAAAGACUCCUUUCUACGACCAUUUUGUUACUGUAAAUGAUCUUAAAUUUCACAAUGUUAUGUUUUAUACAAGGUCAUGUGUCAAGUAAUGUUAAACAUUUAUAACGGACGAAAGUCAUGUUUCACAUUCGUAAAUUAAAUCGAG